AUGUCCAGUUUGCUUCGGAUCAAUUUGGCUUUUAACGGCCUCGCACAUCUCUUUGAUAACUCCUUUAAAGACUUGCCAUUCUUGCAGGAGUUAAUCUUAAGAAAUUCUUCGGUGUAUCAUAUUCAGAAGAUGACAUUUGCUUGUUUAACUGAACUAAGGGUUUUAAACUUGAUGAACAACAUAAUAGCUGCUGACCAUGCAAUUCCCGACGUUUUUUUCUCGUUAUCCAAGCUAAAAAAAUUGGUGCUUACCGGGUGUAAGUUUCAAUUUAUUAACAAGGAAGGUAUGAAUCCGUUCCGUAACUUGAAAUCUCUCGAAUAUUUAGCCUUGGACAAGAAUUCGCUGAUCACAUUGGCACCAACAGAUUUUCCAACUCUAGUAUCUUUGACUAUAAUCGAUUUAUCGUAUAAUUUACUGAAAUCUUGGGAUAAGCGACUGUUUGAAAGCAACAGAAAUCUAUCAAAAAUUAGUCUUGCAAAAAAUAAACUCAAUGAUAUAACAUUGGCGAUGUAUCAGGAUUUUGCUGGUGUCGAGUUCAUUGAUCUGGAGCAGAAUGCUGUUUUGUGCACUUGCAGUGCUACAUACGAGUCCUUCAGACAAUUUUAUGAACUCCCAGAAAAUUUUAACAAUCUUCUUUUGAAUCGGUCAUUAUUCCUGCUCCAAACCUGCGGCUAUCCAGAUGAUUUAUAUAAUGUUACUAUUGGAGAUUUCCUGACCAAAAAGGAGUAUGGACAGCACAUUUGCAAUUUCAGGCUAAGAAGAAUAUAUUUUUUACUUCCCCUGAUUUGCCCACUGGUGUUAGUCGGUCUUGUAGGUAUUUUGGCAUUUUGGUACAGAUGGCACAUCAGAUACUGGAUAUUUCUAGCAAAAUUGUAUUUAAGUAGGAAAGGCAAAAUAAAACAUGGUCGGCCGGUCAAAAGCAGUGACAACUUUGAAUUUGAUGCAUUUGUCUCUUAUAGUACCGAAGAUAGAGACUUUGUGAUAAAGCUAGUAAGGAUGCUGGAAAACCUACAACCAUUCCUGAAACUGUGCGUGUAUGAACGAGACUUUCAAAUCGCCAUAAUAUCCGAAAGUGUGUUAGAAAGUGUGACAAAAAGCCGAAAAACCGUAUUAGUGAUAACGGACAGUUACGCAAAAUCUCAAUGGUGUCGAUGGGAGAGUCAAAUCUGUGAGCAUCACAGACUUUUCUUUGAAAAUGAACAGGGAGAGUACGUGGAUGAUUCGCUUUUGCUGAUUAAAUUAAGUUCAGUGGCCGAGAGUCAUUUAACGCCCACUUUAAAGUAUCUGUUAAAAACUCGAAUUUACUUAGAGUGGACGUUGGAUGAACGGAAACAACAACAAUUUUGGAAUAAGUUAAGAAGUACACUGCGCCCACCUACGACAAUAGUCGAAAACAUUCAUCCAGGCAAUUGAGUUCACAUUGUGAUAUUAGUAGUAUUAAUAAAUUUUGGAAAUCAUGUGUAAUAUAGUGUGUUUUUUGUGUUCUAGUC